CUAUCCAUCCUUAUCGUUGUCUUCAGAUGGCAAGUCUCUCCAUCUCCGCCGUGUCUCUGUCGCCGUUUCGACCACAGGCACAGAUUCGUCUUACAAAACUCAGUCCCCGAACGAAUCUCCACUCAUUUAAUCUCAAACCAAUAAGGAUUAACACGAAAAUUAGAAGUUUGGGUGGGAAUCGGAGAGAGCCGAAGGAUUCGAGAUUCAGUGAUGAAAAUGGCGUAGUUGAUGACAUGGAAGGUUUCUUAGACAAUCUCUCUCUCGAAUACGACUCCGUUUGGGACACUAAACCAUCUUGGUGUCAGCCAUGGACGAUAAUGUUAACGGGUUUAUCAAUAGUGGCAUGUAGCUGGGUAAUACUACAUUCGGUCAUAGUUUCAUCGCUUGCGGUUGCUGUAAUUGGCGCUUGGUGGUACAUUUUCCUUUAUAGCUACCCAAAGUCGUAUUCAGAAAUGAUUGCUGAGAGAAGGAAAAGAGUAGCUGAUGGUUUUGAAGAUAUUUACGGCAAAAACAAGACUUCAUAGGACCUUCUCAAUCCUCGAAAUAACAUUUGUUGCUUGCAUAAAUCUUCUUUCCCUUCUAUUUGUGUAUAAUAACAAUCAUCUAUGGGUUUAUGAUCUCAAUUUCAUUCACAGAUGUUUGGAUACAAAGCUCUUGAUUUCAAACACCUAUGUAGAAAGUGAGCAAUAAAAUCGAAUUGAACCG